CUGACAACGUCUCUGCGCGAAAAGUGUUGGUAAGUAUUACAAGCAACCCUGGGAAUAUGACAGCCGGCGGCACAGCUGAUGUACAUAAACAAUGCUGUUAACUACGUUGCAACUGCUGACUGUCGGGCUGCUGUGGGGUGUGACGAAUCCAUUUAUACGGCUGGGAAGCCAAGGCAUUGAGAACGUUAAGGACACGGGCUCCAGAUAUCAAAAUUUUCUUGCCGAGCUUCGAAUGAUCGGCUCACGUCUACAUUAUUGGAUACCAUUUGGACUUAAUCAGUGCGGAAGUCUGCUCUAUGUGUGGACAUUACGAAGCGCUAAUAUUACUAUAGCUGUACCGCUGGCGAAUUCACUAAGUUUCGCGUUCACAGCUAUAACUGGGUAUCUGAUCGGCGAGCAACUGCCUGGCAAAAAAAUUAUCAUAGGAACUGUGCUAAUAUGCUGCGGCAGUAUACUUAUGAUAUAUGAUAAGUUGAUACAGGAACAGCAGAUGCAAAGUAUCGAAUUUAAUUAG